AUUAAAAUCAUAUCUUCUUUACUUUCAAUCUCUCCCUCUCUCUCUAGAAUACUGCAUUUUUCACUGUACAACAACGUAAUAAACAUUAUGGGAAUUUUGUAUAUAUAUUUACCUACGAGGGCUCUGCAGAUAUGUUGAACAUGUGCUUUUAACACAUUUCUCUCUCUCUCUCUCUCACUUAACCAAUCGUAGGUUUGAUUGUUCUGACGAAUCCAAUGGCACCAAGUGGAGAAGAAAAAAACUGCAGUCCGGGUUCGGGCCCUGAAACAGAGGCCCGAAAAUCAGCUGCCGAUGCACCUAAAACCCUCACCUCACACUCACAGAUUCUCAUGCCCGAGAAAUUGAAGGGGGGAGGAGGUGGGCAAGCUUCUAUUGAAAUGGGGCAGUACAAUGGUGCUGAUUAUACAGGCAUCAGUGAAGCUCCUUCUCCUAGGGCACAUCAUGGUAAGAAAGUCUCAUUAUUACCCCUUAUCUUCCUCAUAUUCUAUGAGGUGUCGGGGGGGCCGUUUGGGGUGGAGGAUAGUGUGAGGGCAGCUGGUCCACUCCUUGCUCUUGCGGGCUUUUUGAUAUUCCCAUUCAUUUGGAGUGUUCCAGAAGCCUUGAUAACUGCAGAGAUGGGCACAAUGUUUCCUGAAAAUGGUGGAUAUGUAGUUUGGGUAUCGUCUGCUCUGGGGCCGUUUUGGGGUUUUCAGCAAGGGUGGAUGAAAUGGUUGAGUGGAGUGAUUGACAAUGCCCUUUAUCCUGUGUUGUUUCUUGAUUACCUGAAAUCGGGGAUCCCUGCUUUGGCCGGGGGUCUGCCUAGGGUUAUAGCUGUGUUGGCCUUGACGAUUGCCUUGACUUACAUGAACUAUAGGGGUUUAACCAUUGUGGGCUGGGUUGCUGUGGUGCUCGGGGUGUUCUCCAUCCUCCCUUUCGUGGUGAUGGGGUUUAUCUCAAUACCGAAGUUGAGUCCUGAAAGAUGGCUCGUCGUGGAUCUUCACAAUGUGAACUGGAAUUUGUAUCUCAACACCCUCUUUUGGAAUUUGAAUUAUUGGGACUCAAUUAGUACUCUUGCAGGGGAAGUAGAAAAUCCGAAAAAAACUCUGCCAAAAGCUCUGUUUUACGCGUUAAUCCUUGUUGUUCUUGGAUAUUUCUUCCCUCUGUUAAUUGGCACGGGAGCUGUUCCUCUGCAGCGCGACUUGUGGGCCGAUGGUUACUUCUCUGAGAUAGCGAAAAUGGUAGGCGGAGUGUGGUUGACAGUGUGGAUUCAGGGAGCUGCAGCUAUGUCGAACAUGGGGAUGUUUGUGACUGAAAUGAGCAGCGACUCGUUUCAGCUUCUUGGCAUGGCCGAAAGAGGGAUGCUCCCGGAGUUCUUUGCCAGAAGAUCUCGUCAUGGGACACCACUCGUUGGUAUACUAUUCUCAGCUUCUGGUGUGCUCCUACUCUCGUGGUUGAGCUUCCAAGAGAUAGUAGCUGCUGAAAAUUUCUUGUAUUGCUUUGGGAUGUUGUUGGAAUUUGUGGCAUUCGUGCGUCUCAGAAUCAUAGCCCCGGAUACCCCUCGUCCUUACAAGAUCCCUGGCGGGACAAUCGGGGCCAUCGUGAUGUGCGUUCCACCAACCAUGCUAAUUUGUGUGGUCUUGGCUCUUUCUUCCCUCAAAGUUAUGAUUGUUAGCCUCGUUGCCGUUAUGCUCGGUGUUAUACUGCACCCUUGCUUGAAGCACUGCGAAAAUAAGAGGUGGCUUAGAUUUUCUGAAAGUUCGGAUCUUCCAGAUAUUCAUGCUGCUGCUGCUCGCGAGGAUGAGACUUUGAUAUGAGCUUCAUGCCGGCUUUCCUUAGUAGAGUUUCUUGGUGUGUAAAUAGAGCUUGCAUCUUCUUUCUUAGCUUCCCUGCCUGCUUCCGCCUCAUUCAGUCAUCGAGACGUACCUUAGCUCUAUAUAACGGUACCUGGAUGGGACUUUUCUUUGCGUAGCUCUCUCGAUUUUCUAGUGCAGAUCCUUAACUUUAGAAGCUGAAGGUGUUGGAUUAAUGAGGAUUAUCCCAACUGUUUUAAUCUUGCUACGGUUAGGUUUCUUGGUGAUGUUUGUUCCAACGAAAUUUGGUUGCAAAUAGCUGCAGAUCUCAAUGCUGUAUGUAAUGGAUUGUUGUAUGAAUGAGGUCACAUAUGUUUCA